ACUUUAUGAAAGAGCCUGUGACCACAAGAUGUGACCACAUAUUCUGCAGAUUUUGCAUGUUGCAGCUUCUAAGUAAGAAGAAAAAAAGUCGAGCUCAAUGUCCAAUGUGUAAGAAAGAAAUAAGCAAAAGAAGUCUCCAGGACAGCCCCAGAUUCAGACUCCUGACUGAAGGCUUGAUGAAAAUCAUUAAUGCAUUUGAGCUGGAUUCUGGAUAUAAAUUUCUGCCUAGUCAAGAAUGUCCUAAGAGUAAAGAAGUUACAUGUAAUGAACAGACGGGAAAGCCAGACCAGACUGUAGUUCAAAGUACAGGAUACCGAAACAGGAAAAAAAGAACUCUAAGCAAUGGAGACUAUUCAGCAUUACUGGACACCAACACAGCCAUUGACCAUAUUAGUAGCCAAAACUCUCACAAAAGGCAAAAACAAGAGACCAAGCAAGUCCUCAUUAAAUUUGUGUCGGACUCCUCUGAGGAUGAUUUACUCAAGAAAGCUGACAGUUUGGGAAGUCAAGGUUAUGGUCAGUCUGAACUGGGCGAGGGAAUUGAAGAUACAGCAGGAGAUCACAGUGAAUUACCUUUUACUGAUGAAAUGACAACUCUGAAAGCAGAUGCUGAGGAAAUUGUGGCCUCAGACCUAGCUGAAUAUGGAUUUUCAGAAAGAGACCUUGAAAGCACAAGAAGCAAUUUGUGUCUCAGUGGUCUCAGAACUUUGACAGAAUCACUUGCAGAAAACAGGACCAUAGAAUCCAGUGAUCAUUUAAUUUCAGAUAAUGAGUUAUGUGAAAGAGAAAAUGAACAAACUGUCACUGUAAAACUUAACACAGACAGCCCAUGUGAUAAUGACCAUUUAUUUAUGGAAGAAAGAUAUAUCCCUCAGGAUUGUGGUAGUGAGCUGUCCUUUGCAGUUUCAAAGAAAAGAAUGAAAAGAAGCAUUCAACGAGUUAAUGACUGGCUAUCUAAAAACAAAGAAGUGCUAAACUGUGUUGCAAAAGAUGAUGAUGCCCUGUUAGAAGUGUGUUCUUUAGAGCAUAAAGAUGCAUCUGAAAACAUGUCUUGCACUUCAGAUGAGACUGAAAUAAUGCCUAACCUUGAAGUGGAGCAGAGUAAAGCGGAGAUUACUACUAAACCACCUUUUAAUGUUGAGGACAAAAUAUUUGGCAAAGUCUACAAGAGAGAGAAAAAAUCAACACACAAUAUUUCAUCAAAACCUAUUCCUGAUGUUCAAAAUGAUCUUGUCACAGAGACUGUAAAAGGAAAUGAGAUGGAGAAAGUAAAUAAUUUAAAGCUGAAAAGGAAAGCAGUCAAAGGUCUUCAGCCUGAAGACUUUAUCAAGAGGGUAGAUGAAACGGAAGUCAAUAAGUGUGUUAAUGGUACAAGUUUUUUGAUCAUGGAUAACAUUCAGUCUGAAGAGAUUAAUGAUUGUCAAGCAGGUAAGAUGGUGGUCAAGGAUUUGGAGAUGGCAGAUUCUAGAAAAAUAGGUAAAGAAACUGGAUACCAAACAUUAAAAUCCUCAUCUAACACAAAUGACUCCAAAACAAAAAGAGGGAAGAAUUGUCAACAGAAAAGCAAAUUGGGCAAAAAACUUUCUACUCGUUCAUCUUUAUCUCUUACAUUAGCUGAUGUAGAGGGAAGUGGUUCUUUCAAUGAAACAGAACUUCACAUUGAAAGCUUCCCAAGCAGUGAAGAGACAAAAAAACAGAUUAAACCAAGAAAUAUAAGGAGAAGCAAAAGACUUCAAUUAUUACCAGAAGAUUUUCAUCAGGAAACUGCAACUAUCUCCAGCAGACAAGAAGAGGCUGGUAAUGAAUGCAAUAAUCAGAACCAGGACACUAGUAACAAUGCUAGCAAUAAGAAAGCAGAGAAUAUCGACAACCAUUUUUAUCCUAUUAACACUAUCGGUUCAGAUAAAUGUGAUACACAAAUUAGCUCCCUCUUAUUUCAAAAUCAAACUGCUAAUGUAGUGCAGUCAUCCUGCAAUCAAGUAGAUACAAAUACAAAUUUGCCCAGGGAUGAUAUUCAAAGUUCUGGCUCCAAUAACAGUGCCAAUCAAUUUGCACGUAACAAUGGUGAAGAUUGUUGGGAACCAGCACAGCAUGUUGCAGUACGUGGUUGGCAGGAGAGUAUGGAAAUAGAAGACAGUGAGCUUGAUACAGAGUCCUUGCUCAAGACAUUCAAAAGUGCCAAAAGAAUGUCGUUUAUACUAGAACCCAGCACCAUAACUGAAAGUAAAGAGAACUUUGAAAAGAAUAUAGGUUUAUCUAGUAUCGAUAACAAUUUGCACACACCAGAAACCACUGUAAUGACAUCAAGAAGACCCCAAACAAGUAUAAACCUGAAUAUGUCUGACCAUGAAAAAGUUGAAAGUAACAAUUUUAAUAGCGAUAGUAGUAUUGUAGCAGCCACUGAACCGUAUACGACUAAUACCAUUAAUCAGAAUAACGAAAAACAACCUCUUUCUCACGAGUUGGGCGAUAUGGUAGCAAAAACAAGGAAUGUAAAAUACAGAAGAAGUUUAAGGAAUAAAAAGAAUAUUAGCCUUUCUCCACAUAAUGUUGUGGCAAGCUCUGUUCCUAAUGCAUGUAGUCAAACAACAGGUUUUAGUAACAUAGUAGAAAAUUCUGUCCAGACAAAUGCUUUAAACACAGCUAAUACUAUAGUGACCACUGAAUGUAUAUUAAGUGACAGUGCCACUUUAAGUAAAAACAUGGAGUUUGUAUUACAUUCAGAGACUGGAUCAGUAGUCUCAGACCUUAUAGUUACUCCAGCUGCAGCCAGUCACAGAGACACUAGAAGUGAAACUGAUCAUGGAGAAAAUGAACAAGCAAAGAGAGAUUGUUUUUUGAACUACGCUGAUGAAGAACAAAUAAAUCAGAUUACUCAUUGUAAUGAAUCUCAUGGUUCAGUGGUAGGUAAAUUAGAGUCUCAUGCUGGCAAAAGUACUGAAGUUUAUUCUGACUUGACGGUUGGUUUGCAGUCCAACACUUUGAUGCCUGAAGAAAAUACAAACUUCUGUGAAGUUGUAGAGACAUCAUUUGUUUUUGGCAAAGACAAAAAAUCUAGUAAUCUCACUAGUAGUUUGUCUUCAAGUCAGUCACAGACAAAUUUUAAAAGACGACGAUGUCGGCCCCAGAAACUUAAAUCCUCAGAUGAAGAGUCAAGUGAAGAUGAUGAAUUGCCGUGCAUCCAAGCAUUGUUAAAUGCCAAACCGUCCGUGUGUUCAAGUGCUUCAGGAUAUAAAAACUCUUCUCCUCGAUCUUCACCAAGGCAGCAAGGUGGAGCCCUGACAAUGUUUAGCAGCAGCAGUGUCAGUGGCAAAACUCAUCCGAGUAAUACAAUACUCAACACAGCAUUCCCUACAUUAAGCCAAGAAUCAGAAUGUUCCAUAAACUUGUUUUCUUCUCAGUCAAACACGUCUGAUCAUUCAGUAAAUCAUAGACAAAGAAAAACCCAUCGUAAGAGUGGAGAGACCAGCCAGUGGAGAGAUGAAGUUCAAAAAGUCGAAGAAGAGGGAAUUUUUGAUGAGAAAAGUGUUGAAGACAAAUUCAUGGAACAAAACUUAGCUGAGGUAUCAGGAUGUGAUAGUGAAGCCAGUCACACAGGGGAUUCGUCAGGCCUGUCGUCACAGGGAGAGAUCCUCUCUACACAGCAACGGGAUGCUAUGCAAAACAAUUUAAAGAAACUCCAGCAAGAAAUGGCUGCUCUGGAAGCAGUUCUGCAACAGCAUGGGACACAGGAGUUCAGAUCGAAGGAGGGAUGCUUGUCCCCAGCUGACAGUGUCACAAUAAGACAGCAGAAGGUCCAGGAGAAACAAACAGACAAUGUUAUUGCGGUUGUCCCCAGCCUGAUCACUGAGAAGGAAGAGCAGACAAUUCUGAAUGGAUCAUGUCAAGCAGAACAGCAGAAUACUGAUAGUGACUUGCAGUGUGCUAAUAGUACAGAGUCUCCAACUCCUCCUCCAACUCCUUCCCAACCAAAACAAAGGAAGGAAACUCCUGAGAAGGUCCGUCUGUCCAUCAGCUUACUAAAAGAAUUGCAAGAUUCUGUUCUUACACAGGAGAAAGCAACUCACAUGGAGGAACCUUCAGAAACUACACAUUCUGUUCCUGAGCCAGCAAAUGUAACCCCAAAAACCAAAUCAAAUCAAAACAAAACACCACCUAAAAACAGACAGAGACAUAAAAGGCUUAAGUCAGCCACUGAAAUGUCCACAUCUAAGAAAGUUUCAUCAGUUUCAUCUGCAGCAGAGCCCAUGUGCUUCCCACGGCCGGUUAAUAAAAUCUCAGGAAGAUCCGCGUCCCCUACGUUUGCCUCACCAAUUCGGAGUAGAGCAGCUGCUGCUAAUUUUAAAAGUCCAGUAGUAUCCUCCAGGAAAAACUUCUCCUUGGUGGCAUCUGGCAUCAGCCCAAGUGAAAUGGUACUAAUUCAAAAGUUUGCAAAGAAAACCCAGAGCACAUUAACAAAUCAAAUAUUGGAUUCAACAACUCAUGUCAUAAUCAAAACAGAUGCAGAUUUAGUGUGCGAGAGGACUUUGAAGUAUUUCUUGGGGAUUGCAGGAAGAAAAUGGGUAGUAAGCUAUCAAUGGAUUGUACAGUCGUUCAAAGAGGGACGAAUCCUUGAUGAGUAUGAUUUUGAAGUGAAAGGAGAUGUAAUCAAUGGGAAAAACCAUAGAGGUCCAAGAAGAUCAAGGCUGGGAUCAGAUGGACUGCUCCUAAAGGAUUUUGAAAUUUGCUGCCAUGGACUUUUCACAGACCUGAAUACUGAUCAGCUGGAGUGGAUGGUGACCCUGUGUGGAGCUUCACUAGUCAAGGAUCCUCAACAUUUUAAACAUAGUUUGAAAUCUUUAGUCAUUGUGCAGCCUGACUCGUGCCUUACAAACACUGAUUAUGAAGCAUUUAGGAAGAAGUUUAGAGCCACAGUGGUUGUUCGUGAAUGGCUACUAGACAGUGUUUCUAGUUACAAGCUUCAGCCAUUUGAUGGUUACCUAGUAUGAUGGAUGCUUGCCAAUUGUGAGGGCGCUGAUCAGAUCUGUUUUUAGGAAGAUAUUACAAGAUGAGAUGUCUUCAGUCAUUAAAUCCUUUCUACCAGCAUACCUUUAUUAGAUGUAUUAGCCCAUUCAUGGUUUACAGAAUACAACAUAUUUCCCAAUGAGAGUUAUGUUACUGUAUUACCUUCCAAUGUACAAAUACAUGAGCUCUCUAGGUUAAUGUAAGGUUAUGAGAAAACGCUGAGAUAUUUUGCAUAUUUGGAAUGUCACAAAAGAAUCAUAUGAUAGAACUGUUUUACAGAAACAUAUAUCAGAACAAAACAUUUAGGUUUUUAGAAAAUAUUUACAGGACUUAUUCAUGUUAUGCAGUGUAUAAGGAAAGGAAUUGUUUUAUCUACAGUGCAAUAACUAUCCUAUAUGUGGAUGACUGGAAUAAGUAAAUAACAAGAAAAGAUUGGCUUGCACUUAUCCUUUCCUGUUGAAAUACAGGAGGAAGAGUUGUAAAAGUGCUCACGAUCAGUAUUCAAAAUCUCUUUUACACAGGCAAAUUGUUUUUUGUUUUAAAUCUUAGAAACUGAAAUAUAAAAAAUAUUGGGGGGGGUUUACAACUGCGUAUAGAAGCUGCAUAUCCGAGUUCACAACCUGCUUUGUAACAGAUUAAUCUAUAUUUCUUGCAUGUAAGCAUAAAUAUGUUUUACAUUUCUAAUUCAUUUGUUUAACUUCUGGUUUGAGAAACAGAACUGGGGAAGGUCAAGUCUAUUACUUGAUGUUUAAAUGGUAUUUCACCUACAUGGUGUAAUGUUCUCUUUUGGUACUUGUUGCCAUGUAAUGUCAAAUACAGAGAUAACCCAAUUAACCCCACUGAGUGUCAGAGUGCUGUUUCAUGGCUCUGUUUGGCAGCCAUGUCAUUGAUAAGGCAGGGGAGUUCGUAUGAUUCCCCCAUUGAUGUUGGGUACUCAAACACAUUGCAGGAUAUCCGAAUCAUUAAAAGCUUUGAAACAGUUUUACUGAUAUUUCCAUUUUUAUUACUGUUUGAUAUUUGUAGCUUUUCAUAUGAUAUUUUCAUCUGCAUGUGCAUUACAUAAGGGCUGCGGGCAAUUGCUUAAAUGUAAAAUAAACCAAAUAUUAAAAAGGUCACAGCACUUAAAACCCAUUCACAUGGAUACGCAACGUUUCGGGGCUCACAGCUCUUAAUCAUUAAUGAUCAUUACUCCAGUCCCACGUGCACUUACACUGUUGGAAGUCGUUCAGGUUCUGUGCUCACUUUGUAUUAAAUGUAAAAUAACUUAUUUUAACAGUGUGAUUUUAAGGUUUAGUGCUCAAAACUAAUGACUUGGCAGCACAGCCAUUAACUAUUAUUCUAGACAUUUAGAGGGUCCAAAAUGUUAAAAUUCCAUAUUUUUAUUUUAUAACCUUGUUCUCAAGAGAGAAGUUAUGUUUAGUGCAACAUUAAUAGUCUGAAUGUUUAUCAUUGAUAAUGGCUGAUAUGUUGGGGGUCUAGAAUUCUGCUACCUCUUUAGAAUCCAAGGAAAAUGAAAAAAGCCCAGAAAAUGCUGGAGAGAUAAUUAGUCUGGUAGUUAUUAAUCUACUGAGAUAUCCGACUUUCCUAAAUCUAAUCUGGCAACGGUUAUUCAAUAGUUGUUUCCAAUGAGAAUUUUAUUCAUAAGAAAUCAUGACAUAUAUUGAAGCUUAUGUAAUUUUGUAGAGUUUAUGUAAAUAUUUUUAAUUGUACAGUUCCUGUAUAAUUUGAAAUGUACCUUUAAUAAAUGCUUUAAUGUUCAGUGGC